UGGUCUCUGGACAAACCCUAGCAUUUUCUCCGUAGGAUUCCUAAACUUUCUCGAACCACUUCUCUCCCUUUAUAUACCCAGAAACUCUGAGGAACCCUUCUCUCAAUCCCCCCCGUUUUUCAUCCUUCAAUUCUUCGCAUUGUUCGUGAAUGGUGCAAGUUCUGAGUAAUUUGUUGAUGAUCUCCUUCUUGUCGUCUUCUCCAAGAAGGGGAAUCUCUGUUUCUUCUUCUUCUUCAUUCUUCGGAUCCUGCAAGCAAGCCUGGUACUACCGCUGCCUCGGCGUAGACCCUUAGGCCAAUCAAUCCUCGAUUUCGCUUCUCCUUUCAUUCGAUUGAUUCCUCAAUUCCUCAAUUCGUGUUGUUUUCGUUCUCGAUUUUGCCCAAUUUUACCCGAUUUGAUUUGUUCGAAACAAAAAAAAGGCGUUUUGUUUUAUUGUUAUUGUUAGCAGAGAAGAUGAUGCUGCUUUGUAAGGCGAAGAAGAAUCCGGCGGCCGGAAAGCGGCUCCUGGUGAGCAUCACCGUGCUCGGAAGCGCCGGCCCGAUCCGGUUCGUGGCGAGCGAGAACGAUCUCGUCGCGGCGGUGAUCGACACCGCCCUCAAAUCCUACGCUCGUGAGGGUAGGCUUCCGAUUCUCGGGUCGGAUCUCAAUAACUUCGUGCUCUACUGCCCUAACGCUGCAACUGAAGCUCUUAGUCCAUGGGACACAAUUGGAUCACUGGGGGUUCGCAACUUUGUGCUGUGCAAGAAACCCUCCGAGGAGAAAGCAACCCCCAACAACGGGAAACAGGCGACCGAGGCCCGGAAGUCGUCUAGCAGCAUCUGGAAGACAUUGUUCAACAAGUCACUGAAUGCCAAGGUUAUGUCUCAUUGAAGUGGGAUGAAGUCUCUGAUGAAGUGCAAUAAAACAUUAUUCUCUCAGGCAGUUAGUUAUUGUCUUAAGUUGUCUCUUGAUUUGUUGAUUUGAGGUUCUUUUGCAAUUAGCUUUAGUUUGAUCUGAUUUAUGUUGCAGAACAAGUAUCAAUGUAUUGUUGUUACCAUUCUAUCGUUAUUCAAUAAAAGCUUGCAGUUUUAGACCUUAA